GUCGGCAGGUGAGUUGGACCGAUGUGACCGGAUAGUUCAGCAUGCACGACGACCGCCUGGUGGAAUCAUGGACCUGGUUUGCGGUCACCAGUGUUGUGGUUAUCUGGCGAUAUAUUUCCAGGGGUAUGCUCUUGGGUGGGGUGAAGGGGCUGAUGGUGGAGGACUAUCUUAUGUUUUUGACUUAUGGCUUCUACACCAACUUCAUCGUCUGGGUCAACAUUCAAGCAAAACACCCCAAAACGAACAUCUUGCCGCCUACAGGAAUGCAGGGCCUUACCGAACAAGACAUUCAGGACCGCGUAUACGGAAGCAAAAUCACAUUUGUGCUAGAACAAUCCAUGGUAUUGGUGCAAUGGGGGUGCAAAGCCUGUAUGAUCCUGGUGUACUACCGACUAACGUCAGGAACAAAGAUGGCCAUACCAGUCAAGAUCCUGAUGGCUUACAUUGCAGUAAGCUUCGCAAUAGUAGAAAUAUUCUACUAUGGCGUCUGGUGCCGGCCAUUUUCCAAUUACUUCGCCGUCAAAGCGGACAAUGACCCUCAAUGCGAGGGUGCCCAGCAUCAUCUAAUCAUGUCCUAUGUCUUCAAUCUAACCUCAGACCUGGCCAUGCUUUGCAUCCCGAUACCAGUGUUUCUCAGCUUACAAUUGCUUUGGAGGAAAAAGCUAGCCCUCUUGUGUGUAUUCGGUCUAGGGAUCUUUGUCGUGGUCGCAGCGACACUAAGUCGAUACUACUGUUUCACUCAUCCGAAUAGUAUCUUGUGGAUCUUCUGGUACGUGAGGGAGGCCAGCACCGCCGUCAUUGUGACCAACGCGCCCAACUGCUAUACUCUCCUGCGCCGUAUCCUAAAAGUGCACGGCUUCACCAUCUUCGGCACUUACAUAGCACUUCGUCGGAAACCAACCCAUUCCCGUGCGAGCGGUCCGCCGAACGAGCUGGCCCAAUUCUCGGUCAGUCGGUCAAGGAAACCCACCAUGUCGUCGGAAAGCACGGAGCACAUCACACGGGAAGACAAAGCUUUGGAAAUUUGGCGGCACACGCAGGUGGCGGUGUACGAGGAUUUGGAGGACUCGGGGACAACCAUGGAACAAGACAGGAGAGGUGUCUAUGGGGAUAGGACAGGACUGGCCUCGUCGACAGUGACAACGGGGGAAGUUGGCUUAUCUAGGCAGAACUUACCUGAAUUAAAGGUGCAACGGUAAUCAAAUUCUUGACAGUCAACGGGACGCUGGAAGCUGGUAAUCUUCAGCUCUGAUUCAUCAGUCGGUGUUCA